AUGUCCCCGCCAAAGAGAGGCAGACCACUCAAGCUCUAUGUGUCUGCAUUAGAAGUGUCCAUUGAGAGUCUGUUAGUCCAAGAUAACAAGGAAGGGAAGGAACAGGCAAUCUACUAUCUGAGCAGAACCCUGACAGAAGUAGAAAGAAAAUAUUAUGCAAUUGAAAGACUUUGCCUAGCCUUGUACUUCACUGCUGUGAAGCUCAGACACUACAUGCUGCCAUAUAUCAUCUACAUCAUUGGCAAGACAGAUCUAAUCAAUUUCAUGCUAACAAGACCAAUGCUGAGAGGCAGAAUUGGAAAAUGGACUCUAGCCUUGACAGAAUUUGCCUUCAGAUAUGUUCCUCAGACAGCUGUCAAAGGACAAGUUGUGGCAGAUUUCCUAACAGAUCAUACAGGAGAAGAGAUUGAAAACAUGGGCUCUUUGGACAUAGCAAAUGCGGAUCUGUUGACUAGAGCUCACACUUGCCUUAACAAUCAUAUCUAUUCAAUUCAUCUCACACCUUGGAAGCUGUAUUUUGAUGGGUCAAAAACUGAUGUAGCUUCCGGGGCAGGGAUUGUAUUGGAGGAACCGUUGGGAAUCAGACAUUGCUAUUCUUUCCAGUUAGAUUUUCAAUGCACCAACAACAGGGCUGAAUAUAAAGCUCUAAUUAUAGGCCUAGAAAUGCUGGUGGAGUUAGGGAUCCAAUCUGUGGAAAUCUUGGAAGAUUUCAUGCUUGUCUUGAAGCAGAAUGCUGGAGAAUACAAGUGUCUAAGUCCUUUCCUAGCUGUCUAUUUAGUGGCAGCUAGGAAUCUUCUGACAGAGUUUAGAGAAGCUACUUGGGAACAUAUCCCAAGGAAGGAAAACUUUGCAGCCAAUGAACUGGCUCAAGUAGCAACAGGUAUACAAAUGCCUGAAGAUUGCGUAUAG